UUUACAGUCGCGUGCGCGCCGAUGUCCAUAACGGGCAUGGAGAAAGUCGUGCUAGCGUUUUAGCAGCGGGAACAAGUGACAAUGAAGAGACAGUAGCGCGAAUAAAAGUUUGACAAGCAGCUGGACGCUUCACCUGUUGAUGGUCGCUGACUUCAGAAGACGGCAAGAGAACGGCAGGAGGCUCGCGGGUGCGGACGCUCACGGUCCGUCUCAUGACGCAGGAGACACGGUUAGAAUCACCAAGAAACCAAUGAAACCUCCAACUUCUAAGCUGUCGCCUUGAUUUUGGAUCCAUCACCUGAUCAUGUCAUCAGCAUAUGCAGCUGCUAUAUCAGCUCUUUACACAACCAGCUCUUUUAAUCUGAACACCCCGGUCAGCCCUCCCCGCAGUCGUCGCCCGGCAGGCAAGCCAAAACCUGCUGCUUCACCCAGCACAGUACAUCACAGCCCCCCACCUGAGAAGGUACAACCUCCACCGCAGGACUUGUGUGAUGAAGACGAGAACCCUGAGGAUUAUGGGAUCGGAGGUUAUUAUCCAGUUGAAAUCGGCGAGAUCUUUGCUGACCGUUACCAAGUGGUUAAUAAAUUAGGAUGGGGUCACUUCUCCACAGUGUGGCUCUGUUGGGACAUGGUGAAUGGGCAUUUUGUGGCAUUAAAGGUGGUGAAAAGUGCCCAACUCUUCACGGAGACAGCUGUGGAUGAGAUCAAACUUCUGAAGUCUGUGCGAGACAGUGAUCCCAAGGACUCCAAGCGUGACAAAGUGGUGCACCUCAUUGAUGAUUUCAGGAUCACCGGGACAAGUGGAGAGCAUGUCUGCAUGGUUCUGGAGGUUCUGGGCCACCAACUGCUGAGGUGGAUCAUCAAAUCCAACUACACAGGCCUCCCACUGCCAUGUGUGAAGAGCAUCCUCAGACAGGUUCUGCAGGGCCUGGAUUACCUACACUCCAAAUGCAAGAUCAUACACACAGACAUCAAGCCGGAGAACAUCCUGCUGCGGGUGGAUGAGGUCUAUAUUCAAAAGAUGGCUGCGAAUACUAAACUAUGGAAGCUGCCGUCUUUCCCAAACUCAUCAGCUAAAACAAGAUCCAGGGAGAAACAGAGUUCACCCAAUUUACUCGGGAAGCUGGCCGGCGUCUUUCACAGUCUUGGUGAAUGGUCCAGCAAGGUUUCAAGGACCCAAAUCAAACGACUGACCAGGAGGGAGAAAAAACGUCGCGGUCAGGGGAGUGGUCCCAAACAAAGAGAUCAACCGCCAGUGUCCUUAUCGGGUGUAUCCACUCCCUGUAGCACCCAAACCCCAACACGCCCCUCCAAUCUCCGGGCUCCUGGCUUUGAUUUAAGGAGACAGACAAUGCUGCUGGAGGACACCGUGGAUCAUGAGACGCGUGGUCACAGAGACUCCAUUUGUUCGUUGCCAGAUUUCAGCAAAUAUUCCCCUUUUCCUGUCUCCAGAUCGACAUUUUUGAAUCAGCAUGCUGAAAAGCAGUCGCCUCCAUCCUCACCAUCUUUUAACGGUGUGAAUGAAUGGGAUUCACCCCUGGACCUACUUGAGUCCCGAAAUGCUGAUCAAAUACUCAUCAAGAUCGCUGACCUGGGGAAUGCCUGCUGGGUGCACAAACACUUCACCGAAGACAUUCAAACGUGCCAGUAUCGUUCUGUGGAGGUUCUUAUAGGUGCAGAGUACAGCACACCGGCAGACAUCUGGAGCACAGCCUGCAUGGCCUUCGAGCUGGCUACAGGGGACUAUCUUUUUGACCCCCAAUCAGGAGGAUCGUUCACCCGUGAGGAAGAUCACAUCGCUCACAUCAUCGAGCUGCUCGGACCCCUCCCGUCCCAGUUUGCUGUCUCAGGGAAGAAGUCCAAACAGUACUUCAAUCGUAAAGGUGAUCCACCACGACUCAUUCGGUGUCUGCUGCUGCUGUUUCACACAUGCUCUGCGUGUCUCUCGCGUCUCCCAGGACACCUGAGGCACAUCACAAAGCUCAAGCCCUGGAGCCUGCUUGAGAUCUUGCUGGACAAAUACGAGUGGUCUCUGGACCAAGCUGAGGGGUUCAGCUCCUUCCUCCUCACCAUGUUGGAGCUGCAGCCGGAGAGGAGAGCCACCGCUGCGCAGUGUCUGAAGCAUCCCUGGAUCAGCUCCUAGAUCCUGGAGAGGUUUCCCACUGAACACUUCCGCUCCUGUGUCACUUCUUAAAUCACUCUUUCACUUCAUUAUUUUGGUGGCAUUUUCACAGAGUUGCGUUAUUAAUCACCCUCAUGUUGAAAAGAAAUAAUACUGACGAAUAUACUGAAGGUACUUGGUGCAAUUUUUUUGUAUGAAACUCAGCCACAAUGAUUUCCUGUGAAUAAGCUUAAAUCCAUACCAAAAGAACACUUAUGCAAAUGAGGAUCUGAGAGCCUCGGAACAUAAUCUGUUGUGUUUCUUAAAGAUUUGCAGACAGUGAAUGUGAUACUUCAUUGUUCGACCCGGAGCACUGUGUUGUCUUUUCAUCGAUGUGUAUUUUUUAUUCAGUGCACUUUUUACCAUGCAUGUUUAUUUCUUAAAAGACUGUUGUCACCUGUGAGUCUUUUGUUUGGACAGAAACAGGCCACUAUUAAUAAAGUGCUUUUGAAAUACUUUGCUGGAAACGAAUCACUUGUAUCAUGUGUUCGAUUCUGUCUCUGCUUGAGUGAAAUGUUCUACUUUUAGCUUGCUUUUUUGUCUGAGGUGACCUGAACAUUUCUGUUGUGUGACUCCUUUUCAGAAGUGUCACAUGAUGGCGACCCUACACCACACGGAGGUCACCCUGGACACGGCCUGACACAUGUUUUAACGUGAAUUGUAUUGUCCCUGAGAUUCCCUUCUUCUGUUUCCCAGG